UACAGCAAAUCGAAGCUAAAUCAAGUGUGUAUCACAAUGAAACCGAAAAUAUCGCUGCAACUUAUAGAAAAGAAGCUUCAAAAACUGGCCUCGAUACAGGAAAUAUCGGUACAGCUAGAAGAAACGCGAAAAUUUUUAUCGCAUUUCUUCGUCCUGCUUGAAGAUGACGCUCAGUACGAAGAAGGUUAUUUUCAAACGUUGAUGCUUUGCGAGCAAUUGUUUUCACGAUGUGAUCAUACCGAUCGAGAUAUAAUUGUAGUGACCAACAUACUGAACACGAUAUUGGAAAUUAUCAACCGGGGUUAUGUGAGUACGCAAGUGGUUAUCUUGUCGCUUGUCACAAUUCACAAUAUCAUGGGCAACCUGCACCUUUCGGAAGUAGUAUCGCUACGUGAAAUGUUGCGAGCGAAGCUCCCAAUUGUUAAUCAUUACUUCAGGCAGAUGAACAAUUUCAGCAUUAUGUCCUCCAUUGUAGGUAUUAUUUACACAUAUGUGUAUAAAUACGACCCUACCGAUAGGGAAGCUACGUUACAGGAGGUAUUGAACGAUUUUGACGAUGUGACGGGAAAACUGACCGAAAUGUUAUCGUGGCCAUUGGAAUCGUUCAAUUCGAAAUGCCGAAACUUUCUGAAUAACAUUCCGGACCGAAAGUACUUUUCACUGUCUGCCCGUUUUGCAACAUUCGGCGGCAGAACAAUUGUACCACGUAGGGGCUAUGAUUGUAUUUCGUUCGAAUGGAAUUCUCAACCGCUCGAGCUUUCGUUUGGCUCCUUUUGUUUUGAAGGAGAACGGGACAACAUGUCUGAAGUUAGUGUCGACUAUAAAGACAUCUCCACGUUGGACAUCUUUUCGGACUGCAAGGAGCCGCGUGUUGUAUGUGAAUAUGGAAAAAUUACAGCGACGGGAGUUUCUAUGGGAGAAUCUUACCAGCUAAAGAUUGCUUGUUCGGACAAUGCUGAGCUACACGAACUAGCCAUCUUUAUAAAACCGUUCAUCAACUCGAUUCAAUAUAUAUCACCUAAUUUUUCACAUAAUGAACCAUCGAUCGAUGAAGUCGUAAUCCGGCACGACAAACUGUACAACACUAUGGAUCUUAAUCCUAGCAGCCACUCGUUGGUCAACGACAAUAGCCAAAUGGUACGGACGCCUCCAAUUCCAAGAGAUUCAACGUCUCCACAGGCUUUGCACUCAAUGGGGCAGAAUGAAAAUAAUUGCGAGGAAAAUAUUAGUUUUCAUGAGCGGGACACGAAUUUCAAACCUUUCGACAUGCAGUGGAAAGCUAAAUUACUGAACAGCUCCGCCAAAAAUAAGCGCCUAAUGUACGACCCGUACGAUAUAGCGCGCAUGCGAGAGGAGGAACAAGAACAACGGAGACAAAACGGUCGUUUUGGAACGGUUGCAAAAACAGGAAGAGUUAAAAAAGGCGCGAGUGUUGCUAGCAACCAGCGUUCGCAAUUUGGGCAAUGUUCAACUCCGAAAAACCAAUGCACCCCAAAGGUAUUGGACAUACCGCUCCUGAUCGAUCAAGAUGAAUUAUCUUCAAUUGAUGAAAAUAGUGACCAUGAGCAGGCGAAUAGUGAGGGCAGCGAUCCCACGUACGUGCCUUACAUUAUGUUAUCUAAACCAGCGAUCCAUGGUCGUGGAAAUCAAAAAGGAACGAUGCGCCAAAGCAAAGUAUCAACAAGUGUACUACGUACCAGAGCAAACAUGAAGAAGAAUGUAGAAACCAACCGUGACACGGGAACCGAAAAAAGACCAGCUGCAAAGGGUAGAAAAGCACAGCAAUCGGGUGCUUGGUCAGGGACACCAACUGUAGAAUCGACCAAGCAGAUAGAUGUUACUGGUGACGAUGUUUCGUGUCGUUCAAUGGAUGCAACGCUAUCCAAACCGCAAAACCGCAAAAGGCUGAACGCCAAAAAAACGACCACACAAACUACUACCAAAUUGACGACCACCGAAACAACAGAGGUAGGUAUUGGUGCCUGUACGGAAGUAGGUAACAAUCCAUCGACAGAAAUAGCGACGCUGGAGGAUGUAAAUAUGACGCCACCGUCCGAAACCGUGUCUGUUCAUGCAACACAAAAGGUUUACACGAGCCUUUACAAAGUCGAAAAACAUCAAGAGUACAGAGUGCAGCGUGAAGUAAAUCAACACGAUUGUUGUAUUGUAACCGAUGUACUAACGGAAGGAGAUCGUGCGCAUAUAUUAACACACGCAAACAAAAUCAUAGAAAUUUUAUCUCAUACCAGUAACAACGCUGGAGCUCACUGACUCAAUUGAACUGAAGAGAAGUCUCGCGGUAUAGGACGAGAAGACCUGUUUUUACAAAUUAAUACUGAGACAUGUACGUACUCUGAUGUAUGAUCGACAUUAAUGACGUAAUUUUGCAUGGAUUGUUAAUACCACUCUAUUGAAUCACAUACAAGAAUUGGUACAGAAUUUAUUGUAUUAUUAUGCUAUUAGAGCUUAGAUACUUUCUGCUAUACGUGAAUUGAAUAAACAUACAAAAAGCUUCCGUAAUUCUUUCAAAACUUUCAUUCUCGUCCUAAUAUAAACAUUAUUCAUUACGUAUAGCUUGUUAC